UUUAAACAUACUUAGAGAUUCCUCAAGCGCCGCGCUUGAGCCGCCGACUCGCGGGCCCUGUGGCUGGUCCCUGAGGCCCGCCGUUCUCGUCAACCCCCGACUGAGUCCGGCAUCCCCGUGCGCGCGUCUGGGCAGUUCGGAGCUUACUACCAUGAAGCCAGCGAGGACUAAGACACCCAGGAAACCACCAGUGAAAAAAGGAUCCCAAACGAGUCUUAAAGACCCAGUUGGGGUGUACUGUAGGGUACGCCCACUGAGCCUUCCUGAGCAAGAGUGUUGCAUAGAAGUAAUCAAUAAUACAACAGUUCAGCUUCAUACUCCUGAGGGUAACAGACUCAACAGAAAUGGAGACUAUAAGGAGACUCAGUAUUCAUUUAAACAAGUAUUUGGCACUCAUACCACCCAAAAGGAGCUCUUUGAUGUCGUGGCUAAUCCCUUGGUAGAUGACCUCAUUCAUGGCAAAAAUGGUCUCCUUUUUACAUAUGGUGUGACGGGAAGCAGAAAAACUCACACUAUGACUGGUUCUCCAGGGGAAGGAGGGCUGCUUCCUCGCUGUUUGGACAUGCUCUUUAACAGUAUAGGGUCAUUUCAAGCUAAACGAUACGUUUUUAAAUCUAAUGAUAGGAAUAGUAUGGAUAUACAAUGUGAAGUUGAUGCUUUAUUAGAAAGGCAGAAGAGAGAAGCCACACCCAAUCCAAAGACCCCCUCUAGCAAAUGACAAGUAGAUCCAGAGUUUGCAGAUAUGAUAAAUGUACAAGAAUUUUGCAAAGCAGAAGAGGUUGAUGAAGAUAGUGUCUAUGGUGUAUUUGUCUCUUAUAUUGAAAUAUAUAAUAAUUACAUAUAUGAUCUAUUGGAAGAGGUGCCGUUUGAUCCCAUAAAGCCUAAACCUCCACAAUCUAAACUGCUUCAUGAAGACAAGAACCAUAACAUGUAUGUUGCAGGAUGUACAGAAGUAGAAGUGAAAUCUACUGAGGAGGCUUUUGAAGUUUUCUGGAGAGGCCAGAAAAAGCGACGAAUUGCUAACACACAUUUGAAUCAUGAGUCCAGCCGUUCCCAUAGUGUGUUCAACAUUAAAUUAGUUCAGGCUCCCUUGGAUGCAGAUGGAGACAACGUCUUACAGGAAAAAGAACAAAUCACUAUUAGCCAGUUGUCCUUGGUAGAUCUUGCUGGAAGUGAAAGAACUAACCAGACAAAAGCAGAAGGGAACAGAUUACAUGAAGGUGGUAACAUUAACCAGUCACUAAUGACACUGAGAACAUGUAUGGAGGUCCUGAGAGAGAACCAAACUUAUGGUACUAACAAGAUGGUUCCAUAUCGAGAUUCAAAGUUAACCCAUCUGUUCAAGAACUACUUUGAUGGGGAAGGGAGAGUACGCCUGAUCGUGUGUGUGAAUCCAAAGGCUGAAGAUUAUGAAGAAAGCUUGCAAGUAAUGAGAUUUGCAGAAGUGACCCAAGAAGUUGAAGUAGCCAGACCAACAGACAAGGCCAUAUGUGGUUUAACACCAGGGAGGCGAUACAGAAACCAGGCCCGGGCAGGUCCUGUUGGAGUCGAACCGCUGGUUUCAGAAGUGGUUUUACAGAGUUUCCCACCUUUGCCAUCCUGCGAACUUCUGGAUGUCAAUGAUGAGCAGACUCUUCCCAGGCUGAUCGAAGCAGUAGAGAGACGACAUCACCUACGACAGAUGAUGAUUGAGGAGUUUAACAGGCAGUCUAUUACUUUUAAGGCUUUGUUACAAGAAUUUGACAAUGCUGUUUUACAUAAAGAAAACUAUAUUCAAGGAAAACUAAAUGAAAAAGAAAAGGUGAUCUCAGGACAGAAACUGGAAAUAGAACAACUUGAGAAGAAAAACAAAACUUUAGAAUAUAAGGUUGAGAUUUUAGAGAAAACAACGACCAUCUAUGAGGAAGAUAAGCGCAAUCUGCAACAGGAGCUUGAAACCCAGAAUGAAAAACUUCAGCGACAGUUUUCUGACAAACGUAGACUGGAAGCCAGGCUGCAAGGCAUGGUGACAGAAAUCACCAUGAAGUGGGAGAAAGAAUGCGAGCGUCAAGUGGCAGCCAAACAGCUGGAGAUGCAAAAUAAACUCUGGGUGAAAGAUGAGAAACUGAAACAACUGAAGGCUAUUGUUACUGAGCCCAAAACCGAAAAGCCAGAGAGGCCCUCUCGGGAGCGCGAUCGAGAAAAAGUGACUCAGAGAUCUGUUUCUCCAUCACCCAUACCUCUUUCUAGUAACUAUAUUGCUCAGAUUUCCAACGGCCAGCAACUCAUGAGUCAACAGCUACAUAGGCGCUCUAACUCUUGCAGCAGCAUUUCUGUAGCUUCCUGUAUUUCAGAAUGGGAGCAGAAAAUACCUCCGUACAACACACCUCUCAAUGUCACAUCUAUUGCGAGGCGUAGGCAGCAGGAGCCAGGACAAAGUAAAACUUGUAUCGUGUCAGACAGAAGGCGAGGGAUGUACUGGAAUGAAGGCAGGGAGGUGGUUCCUUCGUUCAGAAAUGAGAUAGAAGUAGAAGAGGAUCACUGCAGCAGGAACGCACCACCAAUUCGUCUGCGACACAGACGAUCACGCUCUGCGGGAGACAGAUGGGUAGAUCAUAAGCCUGCCACUAACCUGCAAACUGAGACAGUCAUGCAGCCACAUGUCCCCCGUGCCAUCACUGUGUCUGUUGCAAAUGAAAAGGCACUAGCUAAGUGUGAGAAGUACAUGCUGACACACCAGGAACUAGCCUCCGAUGGGGAGAUUGAAACUAAGCUAAUUAAGGGUGAUGUUUAUAAAACAAGGGGUGGUGGACAAUCCGUCCAGUUUACUGAAAUAGAGACUUUAAAACAAGAAUCACCAACUAGUGCUCUGUGGCUGUGGAGAUGAGAGCGGGCUCUCAGCUGGGGCCUGGGUACCAGCACCAUGCACAACCCAAGCGCAAGAAGCCAUGAAUUGACAGUUUCAAUAACAAAAGAACAUUUUCAUCAUUUGUGUUGGUGAUUUCUCCAAAGCAGUGCCUUCUGAAAACCAUCUUAUAAAACUCUAGCUUUGUUGAAAAUCACAGACCUCAUGUCAUCACACACUGGCCUCCAUCAGGGAUUUCCCUGUGGCUCCAAAGAUAUCUAGGAUUCUACAAACUUUUUAUAUUAUACACCUUGCCAUAUUUAAUAUUAGUAGCAGAGAAAGACCCCUCUUUCUCAUUGCUGUAUGAACUUUUUUAUAUUGCUAUUUUUAUAUAUUUCUUGUAUACUUAUAAACUAAUUCAUGCAUGUGUUUGUCUUGGAUAAUUAAGGAAAAAUAUAUCUAGAUCAUGCUUUGCUUUUUAUUGUGACUUUCCACCUGCUGUCUGAAUAUUUCUUAAGGAUUUAUAAACAGAACAAAUGCUGCUAUUGAUUAGCUGCGAGAAUGCACUUUAGACAUAUUGGACAAUUCAACCUGAGAUAUCAGACUCGCCAAUACUAAAACCAUUUUAGGAAGGUGUUUGGAAUUUUGUAUGUAUGUACUUUCUGACAUUUAGAUAUGCCAAAAGAAAUGAAAUAAAAGCACUAAGAAAUUAAAA